UCAGCUGUUUCAGGCUGCAGGAAUUGCCAUUGCCUAUUGCUCCUCCAGCCUCUGCUGCUUGCUGCAAGGAGGUAAAUUGCUGGGAGCAAAAUUUUUUUCCCCUUGUGCUAAUCAAGCUAUGCUGAAAACGAAAACGAAAGAGAAGCAGGCUUUUUGCUGUUUGCUGCAAGGAAGCAAAAUUGCUGGGAGGCAGAUGCAGAUUUCUUUUUCUUGUUUUCCUCACCAAAAAUGGUAGGUGAGUCUUAUAGUCCGGAGCGUCUUGUACUCAGAAAAAUACGGUAUGUUAAAAAACUAAAACUAUUUAAAAAAAAAACACUGUCCGGAUGUUCCUAUUUUUUUUUUUUUACCAGCUCCCCUGAACUCUGUUCAGGGCCCCUUGAAUUGGCUUCUUGGACUCUGACCAGAUCGCGCCCAAUGUUCAAGUCUGUCAAGAUCCUUCUGUAACUUGAACCUAUCUUCUGGAGUGUUGGCUGUUCCUGCCAGCUUGGUGCAACUGACUUGUUUGAGAGAAUAUUAUUCUGAAUUUCACUCUGAUGUUUUUCCCUUUCAUCUCCCAUGAUGACCUGCGUGGACAGACCCCCAGAGGUGAUGGAAACCUCAACAGAACAACAGUUGGAAUUGCGGAGUGAAGGCCACGCAGAAGGAUUUUUCACUGCAGCUCUCCAGCUGAGGAGACAGGACCUCCUUGUGGAUAUGACCGUGACUUUGGGUCAAAAGGACUAUAAAGUCCACAGCAUCCUUCUGGCUGCAGUCAGUUCUGUCUUUCUGCAGCGUUUGGAGUGUGGUGUCCAAGAAGGGAUGAAUCUGGAUGGUGUGACCACAUCAUCUGGCUGGGAGACCAUUUUGGAUUUUGCCUACACAGGAGAGUUAGAGCCCACCCCAAUUAUGGCUGGAGACAUCCUAGAUGCAGCUGAGGCCCUGGGUGUCCCUCGUGUGGCUGAAAUAUGCAAGGCAGUAUUGAUGGGGACAGAGAAUGAGGACAGACUGAGUCCAGUGGAAGAGAAAUGGAAGAUGCUACAGAGGCUAGAAGAGAUGUACAAUGAAGGCAUUGGUUGGGACACGGAACUUAAAGCUGAAGGAGAUACAUUUCAAGUUCACCGCUUGGCCUUGGCUUGUGGCUGUGAAUUCUUCCAUGGUAUGUUUACGAGUGGCAUGAAGGAAACUCAACAGGCCAGGAUUCCUCUUUGCACCCAAUUCACUGCAGCUGACCUGGGACUGAUCAUCUCCUUUGCCUACUCAGGAGUGCUUAGGGGUGGGUGGGAUUAUAUAUUUGAAGCUGCACAAGCCGCUCUUCAAUAUCAAGUCUCUGGCAUCUUGGACCUCUGUCUGGAUCUGUUCCGCUACAAGCUCACUCCAGAAACCUGUUUGGAUGUUCUCUCUUUCGCCCAUGCUUAUGGCCUACAUGAUCUUGAAAACACCGCAGAGAAGUUUAUAUUAAACAGCUUUGUUCAUGUGGCAAACACAUCAAAGUUCCUAGAUCUUCCCAUAAACCAGCUGGUGCACUUCCUUAGUUCUGACUCCCUCUACAUCCUCAAUGAACUAGAAGCUUUCCAAGGAGCUGUCCGUUGGUUGACUGCUGACUGGGCCGGGCGGAUGAACUGUGCCGAGAAAGUGUUGCAAUGCAUCAGAUUUCCACUGAUGUCCAACCGAGAGCUCAAACAGGUUAGGAAAGAAGAGAUGAUGGCCGAUCCUGGUCGCCUCUACAACCUCAUGGUUCAGUCCUUAGCUAGCAUUCCACCAGGUCCUUCCAAGAUGGAGCAACUUCCUUGCCGGGUGAGAUAUCCAGAGAAGGUCAUUGUGAUUAGUGGAGGAGAUACUUUGACCAAAAAUAUGGCAACUCGGAGCCCAUGCCAGGAUUUCUGGUUCACCCACCGCUUCCUCAACGGCAUCGGGUUAGUUAAACAAGUGGAGUGGCGUCGUCUUGGCUAUCUCCCAGAGAAGCCGCGAUUCCGGCACGCCGUAGUGGUCAAGGACAAUAAGAUGUACCUCUUUGGGGGAAAGCAUUAUUAUGGCGUCAGGGAUACCAUGUGUUCAGUGUUCAGGCCUUGCGCACCCUUGCCUACCCCAGUCUGUGGCCAUGCAGCUUGUGUCCUGGAUGGAUGGAUCUAUAUCACGGGGGGCAGUGACGGCUCGUGCCGCUGCCAAUCCUCUAUGUUUCGGUAUCGUCCAGAUGGCCCACCUCUCCUUCUGGCCUCCAUGCAGGAAGAACGUGCCGGGCACAUCAUGGAGGUGCUGGAUGGACGGAUCUACGUGGCCGGUGGUCUACGAUGGCGGGACGGGCACGGGGGCUACGCUGACCAACUGGCCUGCGAGGUGUACAGUCCAGAUCAGGACGUUUGGGUCACCUUGCAUCCUCUUCCCCAAGCUCAUGUCAUUGGUGCCUCUGCUGUCCUGAACGGAGAGCUUUACAUCCUGGGAGGGUACAGCCAUAACACCUAUCGAGAUACGCAUCUCAUUCACUGCUACAACCCUUCUCAUGACCGUUGGGUCAACCUGGGGACGAUGCCUCAGGCUUACGCGGAUCUAAAGGCCUGCAUCUUAGAAGUGCCCUCCUCUUACAGACAAAGUGAACCACCAAUCCCGGAUGCUCCCGACUUGGAGGCCCUUCCUGAUGCUUCGCUGGAUGUGCCCUACCAAAAUUCUGGAUCAAGCUGCUGAAAGGCUGAAGCCUAGCCUUUCAUUGCAGGUCCUUGAUUUGCAUGAAGAGACCGGGGUUCAAAUGUCUUCCUUGGUUGAUUUGGGGUCACAGGGUUGUUUUACAGUGGGGAUUAAUCAAAGAGGGAUGUGGCCUGUUUCAUGUAAGCUUUGAGUUGUCGGCAAAAAGGCAAUAUAAACGCUAAUGUUAACAAAAAUACGGGUAGUCCUCGACUUAUAACCAUUCGUCCAUUCAAAGUACAACCACAUUGUCUUUUGUAUGAGCAACCUGGUCUUCCCAGUUAUGGGACGCUGCAUACAGUUCCCAUUUAAUUUGUUAAUUAAAUUAAAUUAUUAUUAAUAAUUAAUAUUAUUUAUAAUAUUAGGUAGGUUAAUACAUCUACCUAAUACCCAAGUAGCCCAGGUUUGAAUUCCAGAAGGGUAUGGCUAGCUAAGGAGAGCUAAAUAGCUUGAAAUAGAUCUAUAUUAGUCUCCCUUUAUUUCUUUGGCGGUAAAACAUAACUUCAUUACAACAUUAAAAAACACGAUGUAGCCCUGGUCCUUGUGCUUACAACCAAUGCAGUAUCCUCAUGGUCACACGAUCAAAAUUUGGGUUUUUAGCAAGUGAUAUAUACUUAUGAUGGUUAUAGCAUCCCAGGGCCAUGUAAUUGUCAUUUGUGACCUUCGCAACUGGCUUUUGACAAGUCAAUGUGGGAAGCCGGAUUUGCUUAAGCAGUGCAUGUGAUUCACUUAGCUGUGACAAAAAAAAAAAAGUUGUAAAAUUAGCUAUGAUUCACUUCACAAUCACCUUGUUUAGCAAUGGAAAUCCUGGUACCAAUUGUGGUUGUAAGUCAAGGGUUGCCUGCAAUAAUAUUAUCUUUAUUUCUCACUAAUAACAAUAAUAACUUUAUUUCCCACUUGGGUCACCACUUAAUUCAAAUUAACACUGAAAAAACAUGUUUAUCUGUUUGGAAAAGCAAAGUGACUGGAGAAAAAGCUCUCACUCCCACAUGCAGAUAUGAGUUGUUUACAGCUAGAUUUUUGUGCAGGUGAAUACAGUUGGACUGUGUGAACACAACUCGAGUGAAAACCAUGGAAAAGGCAGAACAAAACAUGAAUAUAUUGGUUGAAGUUCUAGGUCACUUGACGAGGCCCACACUUCUAAGAUGAGGGGCCCAGUGGUGAAAUCCAAUUUCUUUACUACCGGUUCUGUGGGCAUGGCUUGGUUGGCUCGGUGGGCGGGGCAGGGGAAGGAUACUGCAAAAUCCCCAUUCCCUCCCCACUCCUGGGGGAAGGAUAUUGCAGAAUAUCCAUUCCCACCCAACUCUGGAGCCAGCCAGAGGUGGUAUUUGCUGGUUCUCCAAACUGCUCAAAAUUUCCGCUACCGGUUCUCCAGAACCUGUCAGAACCUGCUGGAUUUCACCCCUGGAAGGGGCCCACAAAUCCUUCGACAGAUAGUGGUUGAG